CAACGACGAACCAACUCCAAUAGCACAGCACCAUGAACGCCAAGCUUUUCAUCGUUCUCGCCUUCGCGGCAGUAGCUUUUGCCGAAGAGACGCCGAAGAAAGACAAACGUGGAGUCUAUGGACUGGGAUAUGGUGGAUAUGGUGGAUACGCCGGAUACGGAGGAUACGCCGGAUACGGAUUGGAGAAUGGCCUGGGACUUUCUGCAUACUCGCAUGUUCCCGCGGUCGGCGUCAGCCACGGUGUCUCGACUGUGGUGACUAAAGAAGUCGCAGUCCCAGUAGCACAACCCGUCGCCGUUCCUGUCGAGAAGCACGUCCCUGUCGCAGUUAGGGUACCAGUCGCUGUUCCGGUAGACCGCCCCUACCCAGUGCAUGUCCCGAAACCGUACCCAGUGGAGGUGACCAAGCACGUACCAGUGCCAGUCGACAGGCCAGUCCCCGUCGACCGCCCAGUCCCCUACCCCGUGAGCGUUCCAGUCAAGGUUCCAGUGCCAGCCCCGUACGCCGUGAAGGUGCCCCAUCCCGUCGCCGUUCCAGUUGUGAAGCACGUUCCUGUCCCAGUCGCUCAACCCGUCGUCGUUGAGAAACAGUACAAUGGUUGGGUGAACGGCGGCUACUCCUCCUGGUAA